UGGGCUUUCCAAAAUGUAAGGCUAUUUGGGCGUCAUCAGAUAACCAUGUGUUGUCUAAAAAUUUUCCUGUCCAACGACCUAUUGGGACAUAUCGGCAAAAACUCUUUUCAUUUAUGGUCCAUUCAAGAAACGUUUUGUUUUCCAAUACACAGUGACCUUUAUCAUAAGAACAAUUAUGGGUGCCCCCUAAGGGUGUCCUUAUAUUCUUUUCACCCCAGUGAGAGUACACUUGCGUUUCAAAUAAAAUACAAUUUUCAGAUUGGACCUGAGUCCACGUAAAUGAUCCUACAAACCACAUUUUAGGACUAAUGUCAAUUUUAUUUCCAGUCGUAAAGACUUCAUUUUCUUCCUUGAGUGACCCUAAACUACACUUCUUUUCAUUAAUCAUCUUAUUACACUCUUCUCUUGACACCUCUAACAUUUCUGAAGAUACUGGCUCAGUUAUUGGGACAUUAGUAAUAGAAGUAUAUUUCUUAACUAUCUUGCGUAUUUUUCUACAGGCCCACGCGUCAGUCGCAUACUCUAAGUCAUUAAGCAUAUAAACAGUUCUUGUUUGCGAAAUAGGCGCGUGC